AUGGCCGAUGAGGAUGGCUCCAACGGGCUUGGGUUUGACGACCCGAGCUUCGGCUUCAUAGGCGGUGGCCCUGUAUCUCUGGAUGGCAUCUCAGAUGCGCCCAUCUUCGGCGGCGAUCCCUCGGCUCCUUUCGACGCUGGAGUCUGGCAGCUGGACGCCUCACCUCAGUCCAACUCGUACGAUCUCGGCAGCAACACCACCCUCUCCUCCGCCCAGCCAGGAUACUUGUCCCCGUCCUGGCCGACCCCGACCUUUGACCCGCGACAGCACCAGCCGCAGCAGUCUCAGCAACAAGCGCAGCAACAAGCGCAGCAACAAGCGCAACAGCCGCAGCAACAACCGCAGCAGCAACAGCAGCAGCAGCAGCCCGACCCUACCUCCUUUGGUCUGCCCAACUUCGACCCUACGUCAGUCUACUUCCCCGGU